AUGUCGACAACACACAUAGUGAGCCUGCUACCAAAUGGCAUUCAACACAUUCGAUUCUUCACCUCCCACGAAACCCCACGGAUCGGCAAGUGCUUGAGUUACGGAAGUGGUCUAUGUCAGUCAGGUCAUUGGCUGCUGAGUACUCGCUAUGGCAGCUUAGGACGGGUACAUGGGACUGGCAGCUUAGGACGGGUAGGCCUACGGGGUACUGGCAGUCGAAGCGGGUACGUGGGAUCGGCAGUCGAAGCGGUAGGCUUACAAAGCGGAUGGAUGCAGUGGACAACUACCAAGCAAGAUAGCUACAAGUUGAGACAAAGGAUGCAAUGGAUUUUUGAUGGCAAGGGCAUGGGAGACACAGGGCAAAUCUACAGUGAAGCUCCCAGGCCAGGCUGCCAAAAGGUGUUGGAGGUGAAUGCAUGCGUUGGAGUUUCUUCAAUUCUAAAGAAGGAUUAUGGCAAGAAGGACUAUGGCAAGAAGACUGGGCAAGGAGAAGAACUCGGAGAAUCUUGCUGGUACGCAGGCAAGAUGUGGCUACAUCUCCAGGAUCUCUGA